UAGCCAUAUUUCAUUCUGAAUUUGUUAUAUAGAGAAAAUACACAUUGUAGAGUUGAAUAAUAGAUAAAAUAAGAUAGAAAAACAAGAAAUUUAUAACAAUAAAUGUUCAUCAAUACUACUGAAAAAAUAUAUAGACAUGUAAAUAUGUAUGCAGCGAAGUUAUUUUGUCUCUACAGGUGCAACAAAAACACUUUGUAGCUCAGAAAUCACUCCUGGCUGUGAUUCCUUUACUUUGCUCCAUGUGUUUAGUGCGCAUGCCCAGUCAGUGGGGGUCUGCUCCAUCCGGGAACUUCAGAAUUACCAUUGACAGCCGAAGCGCAACUUUUCCUCAGGCAAAGUGAAAUCAAGGCGCGGACUCGGACAAAAUAUAGUCCCCGUUUUUUAACUCGAAAUUACCGAAAGGAACGGCGAACCGGUACCGCUUUUGACCCGUCCAAGUUCGACUGUGCCCCGGAGAGCAGCCGUGCCGGGCUCGGGCCCGUUCCGUGGGGUUUGGAGCACUUUUGGAGACGGGCGGAAAGUGGGUGAUGAGUCCCAGCCUGUGUAAAAAGAAGCGAGAACUUGCUCUGCAGCCUGGAGUAGUUCUUCUUUCAAUUGUUAUUGUCGCUUUAAAAAAAAUCUUUAAUUCACUUAAACUUGGUCUCGGCCGCGUCCAAAGUAGGAGAAAAGUGUUUUCCUGGUGGGAACAUGGAACUACAAGGCCUACAAGAGGCGCUGAAAGUGGAGCUCCAGUGUCAUCAGAACCAGACGUUGUGCAAAGGCCUCAAUGAGCUUCAGAACGGCCAGAAGCUGGCCGUCCGAAGCUGUCCCGUGGGGACCACCAAGCCGCUGUCGCUCAUCAAGCCCCCCAGCCAGGGCAUCGCGAUCUCCGUGGUGCCGGCCAAGGCCCCCGUUUCCAUGGUGACUGCACACAUUAACGGCCAGAAGGCGGCGGGGCCAGAGCCGCUGCAGGCGUCCCCCAUCAACCUCCAGGCGGCCGGUGCCGGAGUCGUUCCGUUCAGCGGCGGCAGGAGAGCCGGGGAGCUGCUGGCUCCCUCUCAGAUGCUGGGAACUCUCACUGCUCUGCCCAUCAAGGUGCCUCAAGUCAGCUCUCUGCACCGGCUGGCAGGACAAGCAGCCACUGUGCUACCUCAGGUCAGGCCAAAGACUCAGAUCCCCGACAGCCUCCCUCACAGUCCCUGCCAGGAGCUGCAGCCGCUCAGCCUGCAGAGAGUCACAGCUGUGGUCAGCCCCAAGAGCCAGGCCCCCACCCUGCCCACCGCCAACAGCACCUUCAGCUCCGACCACCAGCAGGUCAGCCAGAGCAACGCCUCUCCGUCAGCAGGCUCCGACCUGAGCGCCGCCUCCCAGCACGCCACUGCAGGGCCCGGCGUGGCCUACGCCAUCAUCGCCGCCUCGCCCGCCACCGGGAACGGGGUGUCGGGCGUCAGCGAGGCCGUAAAGGUGAUAAUAAUCCAGCCACAGGCCCCCAGCAGCACCGAUGGGUCCCCAGCUGACCUCCCUUCACCGGAGGCUCCCACCGUAAAAUCCCCUCCAAAGAAGAAGAAGGAGGAGGACCCAGAGAAAAUCGCCUUCAUGGUGGCCCUCGGCCUCGUCACCACAGAACAGCUGGAAGAGAUCCAGACGAAGAGGCAAGAGAGGAAGAGGAGAAGCACAGCCAACCCGGCCUACAGCGGCCUCUUCGAGCCUGAGCGGAAACGCCUUCCGUCACAUUACCUGAACAGCUCCCUCUACCCGUCGGCACGAGAGGAUUUCUGCUGGAAGGAGGAGCUGGAGCAUGACGAUCGCUGCGCCGUAUGUAAGGAGGACGGAGAGCUGCAGCUUUGCCACAACUGCCCCCGAGCCUUCCACCCCAGCUGCCUCCACCCGCCCAUCAAAAGCCCCCCCAGAGGCGCCUGGUACUGCCCCAAGUGCCAGAAGAAGGUACUGAACAAGGAGAACCUGUCGUGGCCUCAGAACUUCGUCCAGUCCUAUGUGACGCACAAGACGGUGAGGCAGGAGGAGAAGCGGCGGCUGCUGAGACGAAACAACGACUUGAAAAAGGAGUGCGCUCACCUGGAGGAGCAGGACAAGAACCUCAACAAGACGCUCAAAGUCUGCAUGGACCAGAGGGAUCGACUCCUCGGUUUGCAGCGCGACACUCAGGCGUCGCUCGACCGCAUCAAAACGCUCAUCAGGCUCAUCCAGCGAGACCAGCUGGUCCAGGUCACCAUGACGACCAUCGCCACGCUCCCCCAGCUGUGGAUGAAACCCAUCAGCACCGCCGCCAUGGUGGCAGCGCCGUCGACCGCGCCGCUGCAGCCGGGUCAGGACGACGUCGCCAACUAGACCCAACGUCUCUGAAGUGUUUUCAAACCCAACACCUACAGUGCUUAACGAGAUUUUUUUAAGUUAUUUUCUAUUUAUUCUUCGCCUUAAUGUAUUUAUUACGAACCGGUAGAAUCCAGCUUCCGAGCGGCUGUACAGCGAUUUAUCUGAGUAGACGUUCGUUUCCAUCCUGUGAACAAAGUUCCUGCCAUACGACUUCAGGAAGACGUUUCCACACGCAGACGAGCCUUCAAACAAAACAGAGAACUACGAUUUUCUCAGUAUUUAUAGAGUUAAAGUCAAAGAAAAAAAUAUUUAAGAUUAAACUACAGAAAUUAGCUUUUUAGUGCAGAUUUUAGUAUUUUCAUGCCGAUGCCUGUUGAUAAAUGUUUGGAGUAUUGAGGGGAAUCACUGUACAUACGUGCUUUCAUCAUCAUCAUCAUCAUCUAAACAGAGUCUCUGAUUGGACAGGUUCAACUUUUCUUUAAGACGCAGAAAGAAAUUUUUUACCACUGAAUGGAAUUAAAAUAAAGGUGUAAAACAUCUCAAACACUAAACAGUUAACUGAUUAGUGUUUUUUGUUGGUAAAUUCAGUUUUACUUUCCUCUGUUAAGGUCAGAGGUCAAGAGACUAAACUGCACGUUUUCUAAAAGUGUGCAACGUCUGAACAGCUCAAAAGAAAAAUAAAUGAAGGUUCUGGAGCGGCCUAAUCAAAGUCUGGACUUGCAUCCAAUUCAGACUUUGUAGUUUGACUUUAAAGUCUCCAAAUUGAAGCAGUUCUGCAAAAAGAGGGUAAAAAUUCAUCACCAGCUAUCAGAGCUACAGAGAAUUUAUUUUAUUUUUACUCUGGAACAAACAAACUCAGUGGGCGGGAUUCAGGGAGAAACUGGCGUCUGAUUGGCUGUUUCAGACAGCAAGGAUUCUUUCAAGUUUACUGAAAGUGUAGAAAUAAACUUAAGUUACAUUUUAUUUACUACAAACUCUAGAUGACCAACUCCAGCAUUUAUAUCUUUAAUAAUUCAUUAAUAAACUCGCUGGUUCUGUCAGGCUAGAUUAGCAUUAGCCAACACCGGCUAACACUCUCUCCUGAAUUUGAGAGAUUUCAGACCAAACUAGAUAUAAAAGCUGCAGUUUCUCACUCAGACCUUACAGUAAACAAACUGUUUGCAAUUUAAUUAUACUACUAAAGUUACUCCUGCACUUUCUGGUGAAGAUAUUGAUCUCUGUUGUACCAAGGUUUGAAGGUUUGAAGCAGCCAAUCAGACGGCAGGUUUCCUCUAGCCCCGCCCACUGUGUUCAAUGGUGAAGUAGAUGGUUUAAAUUCAUAAAGUGCUUCUGGAAAGGAACAUGAAAUAAUUUUGUUUUUAUUUCUACGUCUUAAAGGCAAAUAGAAACUCGCCCCAGCGAACGUGAUGCAUCCACUCCGCCCCUCCCUCUUUAACCAGUAUGGAAAAUAUGCCAAAAACGUUUUUUUGUGUGUGCAUUUUAUAUUUUCUGUGUAUUCUGAGCAAAAGAUGAACACUGCCUCACAUCGUUUCAGGGUUUUGGUCUUUGUUGUAUCAGUUUUUUUAUAUUGACGAUAAAAUAGAGAAAAGAAAAGCAGCAGAAUCAGGACGUCUCCGUCGAGCUGCAACAACAGUCGCGAGUCUUCCUGCCGUCCGGAGACGUCCCGCUUCAACGCUUCCAUCGUUUUCUGUUUUUUAUUAUUCAGUUGUGGUACUGUACUCACCGAUCAAUGGAGGUGCAGCUCUCUGAUGCACAAACAUGAACAAAAAGGAGAGGAAAAAUAAGUUUGUUUGUUUUUUAUCAGAAAAGACGAUUAAAAUCAUAUCUCCAGCUCACCUGUUUGGUCUCUGAAGGAUCGACGCUGCAGGGCUCUGGAAGUCUGUUCACCUUUACCGCUUUAAGCUGCAGAAAAAAACAAAAAGUCAGUUUAAAGCAACGUUUACAGCUUCACCUGAAAGCAAAAUCAGCUUCAAUUUUAGUUUGAAAUUUAAAAUAUAUACUUUAUAUUUGCAAGCAAGACAAUAAACCGAAAAUUAGCAGUUGCAUGCAAAAAUAAAAAUGUAUAACCCACUUUUUGUUCAUUUUUACACCACAAUACCGAGUCAUUAUUUGCAUCAAAGAAUGAAAUUAGACAUUACUAAGUUCU